AUGACGGAGUACGAAGAGGAUAUAAUACCAGUCAUAAAUCCUGAUCCUCCACUGGAUUCAUUUAAAAUACACUCCACAGGGAAAAGCUCACCCAAAUUGUUUGAAAAUUUCACGGGAUCUCUAACUCGACUUGGCCAUUCCCUUUUGAGUUCCAAUUCGAUAAAAAGAGAAGAUGACGUUUACAUUGAUAUCGCUGAAAAAGUUGCCAUAGAAAAUGACAUAAGCAUCAUUUCGUGUUCUCCAGAUAAUGAAUACGUGGCAAGUUGGUGUAGGGAGGACGGCAUUUUAGCAGUUUGGCCCAUUACGAAAGGUCGCAUUGGUGGGCGAUUAUCACCGAGUUUUGCGGUGAAAACACCUUUUGAUAAGACUAACGUUGAUGGCUCAAAAGUUUAUCUUUCUGUCUCUGAGGAAGGAAAAUAUGUUGUAAUAUCACGAAUGAAAAUUAUUGAUGGUGAAGAAGAGGAAACGCCUAAUUUGGAGAUUAUCCCAAAUGUCGAGAGUGAAAAAUUAGCUGGAAAGUCAUUGGAUAUCACACCGCAUUCCUCGUUUGUGGUCUAUUCUACGGCCCCGCAUUUACCACAAGAUCCGAAAUUAAAUGACCUAGAAAUACUGGGUCCACUGAUAUUUGUGCACCACUCGAGAUUGGUCUGCUUUACGAAACGCGAUAUGCAUAUAUUCUCCACGAAAUCGUGGAAAAUUAUUAAUAGCAUUCGCAUUUCCCAGUUGAUACGGUCGACGCCAGGGUAUAAUCAUGAUAAAAAUCAAUUCUUGGCGGAUGUUUAUGAUAUCCUGAUAGAUAACCUGAGAUACGACUCUUUAUUAUGGCCGGAAAAAGAUCAAGGAUUGAGUGUUUGGAAUUUAGAUGGACUUCUGAAGCAAUGGUUUUAUCUUGAAUCCAAGAGCGUGUCGCAAAGUGAUAAUCUAUACGCCAUUUCAAGAGAUGGAAGCUUGGUGGCUAGGUUCCAUGAGAGAUCAGGAUAUCCGCAUGGCGUCUUAACCAUUUUCCACACACCCACAGCACUGACCAUAUCUGACAUCGAUGUUCCAAAGACAGUUUUUCACAUCGCUUUUCUACACAAAUGCGAUAGGAUGAUAGUAUGUUCAUAUGAAAAUUCAUCGGGGAAAUAUGUUCGUGUACAAUUAUAUUGUUGUUGGAGCGGGCUACUCGUGAAAGAAGCCACGUAUCCUGACAUAGACGUCGAAAAUCUCUUUCUAUUUAACGGAGAUACAUUUAUACAAGCCAAAGCAAAUGAACUCGCAGUGGUACCUUUAUUCCAGCAUGGUACACCGAAAAAGGUUGAACGUUUGUCACUCAUAACUGAAUGUCAACCUACGGAAGAUGGUCUUUUGAUAUCGACCAUGCUAGAUCCACAAUCGACAUGUUGGGGUCAAAUCCACGACAGCGAAGGUAACGAACUUUGUCGAUUUAAAUUUGAACCGUGGAGAUCUUAUAAGGCCCCCCAUAUGUUCAUAACCUGGUUAGAUGAAACAAGGUUUUUGAUGGCCGGGAAGGAUAGCAUACAGAUAUAUCGGAUAAAACCCAGAGGAUCCUUACUAAAGACUGAAUUACAGUACAUCUGGACGGUUCCAGUUACUCGAAAUUCCGAUAUUAAAUUUCUAUCACUAGAGACGAUACAAGACAAGGAUGGGUUGGAUUGUUAUUACCUUCUGGUACAGUUGACAGAUCAACACGAUGUAAGAAUUCCACUCCCCUCGAAGGAAGAUAAGCUUAGCUGCAAGAUUGUUUCGGAUGCGUGCAUGGCGGUGCAUUUUUUGAGAUUACAAUUUGGCGAGGAAAGUGAAUAUCUUAAUCAUUUGGGGAUCAAGGAACAGUUACACAAGCUGAUUGAAAGUGCGGUGGAAAAGUAUCCAUCGGCUUUCAGCAAAAUCACCACCGGAAAUGGUGAGACCAUCUAUCCGAUGGAGGAUUUUAUACUGCUAUCAUGGGAUAAAGUUGUCAGGGAUAUACUUGACUCCAAUCAAUACAUUCCCCUCUUUCACAACGAGGAACAGUCCGAGAGUGCUUUAUCAUUACUGGUCGAACUUCAAAAAUCAGAGUUAGUCGAACGCAUGAUUUCAUACAUAAUAAAGAAUCUCCAUCAACGUUAUAAUCCAAUGCGCGCGAAGUUUGCAAAUUCUUCCGUGGAAAGUUUUAAAAUGCGGCUACAACAACCUGGAUUCGCCUGGACGAUUGGAAAGGUAUUACUGGACUUGUACAAAUACUAUCCUGAUAAAGGUGCUAGGGUGUUGAGGGAGUGCAGUUACUUUACCACAUCGCUGGAGACGCCAGUAAGAAUCCUGCAGACAAACUUGGGAAAGCCAUUUACUGGCGAGGAAAGAAGUUUUCUCCCAGAAUUAGCAGCUGUCACGAGAAAAGCGCAACUCCCCAAAGAACUAAUGAAGGCUUACGAUGGUCGGAAGAAAUUCGCGGAUUGGCUUCGCUCCACAUUUUCAAGACCCUCCGAGAUCCGGAAAGAUGACAAGAAUUCACCAAAAUAUCUAUGCGAAAAAGGAAUAGGCGCAUAUGGUAGUUCGACAUUUAUUGAAAGUGAAAAGAAAUUUCUGAUAAACAGAGAAAGUCACAUGUAUCGAAAGCAGCUUCGUAAACAACGGUUAGAUAAUUUGCAGAAAACCCAUCCGGCGAAAUUGUGUGUAGUGCCGUUACCAGAUUUUUGCGUUUACCCGACUAUUCCCGAGAAUUACGACGAUACAACUUAUCAGCGAAUGAAAAAGUUCUGGAACUGGUAUAUUGCACCGUCACAAAUGAGUCCCUUUGCAGACAUUGCCAUAAACGGACCGCGAGAAUUGUUUGGAGAAGUUGCAAUGGAGGCAAUAAUAAAGUUCAAGUGGGAAAAAUUCGCGAAAGCCUACUUCUUAAACUCAUUCAUUUUAUACUUAACAUAUGCGAUCCUUUUCUGUGUAACAGUUAGCAUCGAUUACGACUUAGUGCUCGACACAUCAAAGAAAGUAGAAACCUGGAAGAAUACCUUAUUCAUAAUUGUCACCGUCAUCUCGUUUGUCUUCUUGCUUCAAGAAUUUCGUCAAAUGGUCGGCCGUUGGAAAAUUUAUUUCUCAAGCUUCUUUAAUUACAUCGAUCUCGCUUCAUACGGGUUACCGUUGGCUACAAGUUUAAUGGUCAUUGCUGUGAAAAGUGAUCCACCGGCGUGGUUGAAAAGUUUUGCGGUACUAAUGGUGUGGUUCAACGCUUUGUUGAUGUCAAGAGCUUUUGCCGGACCAGGAAAAUUUAUUGCGAUUUUAAUAGAAAUUGGAAAAAAGAUUAUAACAUUAAUUAUGACACUGGCCGUUAUUGUCAUUGGCUUCGCGAAUGCGCUAUUCGUUCUUCUGCGCAAUGUCGAUCCAAAUGACAUCGUGAAUACCUACAAUGGUUCGAUUUCAAAUUCGUCAGGCGGCGUCGUCGGGAAUCUAACCAUACAACAAGACAUCAGGUCCGACACCAACCAAUGGACAAGAUUCGAUUCGGCCUUAUUCGCUACGUAUAAAUUCCUGGGUAUAGGGUGGGAGUCUGUCACCAACAUUGAACCUACGUGGUCUCUUAACCUUAUGAUGUUAUUGUUCAGUUUCGUGACAGUGAUCAUUAUACUAAACGUUCUAAUCGGUCUUAUAACCGAGGUAUUCGUCGGUAGCCUUCAGGUGGGGCGUCAAGCGUGGUUAAGACAACGUGCGGAACUUAUAGCCGAGCUUGAACUAUUCUCCCUCACUCCCAAAGAUCGACAGAAGUCAGACUGGUUUCCCCAUUUGGUAUACUACGAAGCACAUUUGGACUCUAUAAAUAGAUGGCAACGUAAAUUGUAUCAAGAGGAGAGAGGAGAUUUGGAUGUGGAUUUUGUCCGGAGCGAGUUAAAAACGGUCAAGGAUGACCUUGAGGACGAGUUGAAAGAGCUGAAAGGGAUGGUGGGACAUAUUAAAAUUGCAAUGGGUAUCGGGAAGAUGCCUAGUGACGGAGAUACAGUUGGUGGGGCUAAGUUUAGAAGUGAGCGAGAUGGCAAUAUCACGCUUCAUUGA